AUGGCGGCCUCGAGGCUCGAAAUCAAUUUCCGCCGUCUUUUGGAACGCUGCGAAGCGAUGGCCUCAGAAAUCCAGGAGAAUAAAGAAAACGUAAGCUGGAGGUUGGAAAAAGUGAGUUAUAGCAUUCAUCAAAAAAUUGUUUUCUACUGUUACCUCUCUAGGAUUUGAACAAACACUGAAGAAACUGUCGACCCGAGCUGUCUGGUCGGGUUUGUAACAAUUUUUCACCGUUUUUCUACUUCAUAUUGCAGUAUGUUUUAACGUUACAGAGGCAAGCCGCCGACCUAAAAAAGUCAGAAAGGUUAGUUUUAAAUGCAGAGUAAUAAGAUAAAAGUUAAACGAGCAAACGUCAAUGUAAAAUAGUGAUUUUAAAUAAUAAGCUUAAAACAGCUGAUACAGGUAGUCUUUACUCUGACGGGUCUUAAUGUCGGGUCGAUUGUAUUUAGUAUUAAUAUUUUAGUCAUCACAAUAGAGCUUUUUUAUCAGUACCUGACCCAGUUAAAUAACGGAGAAAAAAGUAUUUUCAUAUCAAAGGAAAAAAUUCAACGUAUUGGUAUACCGACAAUGGACAUAGCUAGUUCAUUGUUUAAUUUUGGUACCCCGAUAUGGCGGACUGAAGUAGACAUCUCCCUUUGGUAGCAGGCAGCGGUUGGCUGGCCUGAGCUAAAUUUAAGUUGUCUAACAGUAUACAACAUUCUGAAAGGCAGAUGACUUGUGUCUCUAACGUACUGUAGGCACCAGUGGUCAGGGAUGUAGAUAAUAGCCGGGAGCUGGGAAAAAUACCCGGCUGUCAAAAUUAUUUUUCCAGCUGAAAAAAAUGCAGUCUUUAAAAAGGCAGCUGUUUUCUUCUCAUGCUAUCUGCCCAUCAAAUGCCAUUUUCUAUCAGUUAUAAAUUUAAGCUACAUCCCUGGUGGUUGGCUGGUAUCAGCUUCCGAGUUUCACUUUUUUGUCACUCUGUAACUAAACUUUCUUCAAUUCAAAGCAAAGAUUCACAUGGUGAAAAAACCUCUAAUGAAGAUACUGGUGGUUGUUUAAUUUUUCGCAUCACCAAUAAGUCUAGCUAGCAUUUCAGGUCAUGCUUCUUAUGAUUAAAAAAGCGUACCUUUUCAAAAACUGGGAAAUCAAAAUAUUUUGGUUCCAUCAGCUUGUCGAGUCACAUGUAAGAUACAUUUUUGGAAAUAAUCAAAAUGUUAAAUAUUAAUUAUUUUUUUGUCUUGUUACAGCAAACCAAGUCCAGACGCAAUGAAUGAAUACAACAAGAAAGUAGAGUUCCUUAAAGGUUUAAUAGAAACACAGAAAAUGGUGAGACGGGGAUCAGUGUUUUGAAAUUUUAAGAUGGGCAUCUGUUGUUGCAUUCAAAUAGGAAAAAAUAUUGUUAUAGAAACAACUAGGAAAUGCUUGUCAUCAGAGAAUAUAUAACAAAUAGUAUUGUAUAUCAUUUGUAUGUUAAGUAUUUUACUGUUGGUUGCAUCUAAGCGCGGACACGAGACAAAAAAACAUGUUUUAAUAGGGUCCUUACUGCGAGACAUCACGUGUUUUGCCGCCUAACAUUUGAAGUUUGACAGCCGUUAGAGCAAACUGUCACGCCAAAGGUAAGUUGUUUAUAUGUUUUGGUCUGCGUGUUCCACUCACAUUUCUUUUUUCUCAACUUUCAGGCAUAUUUCCCGCUCAGAAACAACGCACUUGCCCGCAGAAAUUAUUCUUAACGUCUAAAAAUUCUUGGAAAGAAGAUUUUGUUGAGUGAAAACAAAUCAAGUCGACAACAGCUGCCUACUCCAAACUUCACAUGUUUGGUGGCAAAACAUGUCAUGUUUGCACCCAAUUAGAACAUUUGUUUUUCCUCACACGUACACACUUAGAUGCAACCAACAGUAAAUUUCCAUCUUUUUCUUUUGUUUAUAUAAUUAUUUAUACUUUUAGAAAAAAAGACAGUCAUAAUCAUUAUUCCACAUUUGUAAAUAGAUGUACCGGUACUACACCAUAAUUAUAUCUGCAUGUAUUUACUAAAUUCUAUUAUGAUAAAUGGUAACAGUAAUAAUAUUAAAUAGUUUUCAUCGUGAUAAUAGAAAAAGUGUGAUGAGGUAUCCGGAAUUAGACCCUCUAGAUGACCUUGAUGAAAUGUCAAAUUCUCUGUUUGAUUCAUAGGCAAGCACUGGACAAUUUAAAAUAACAAUCUAGCACUGAGUUGAUCUUACAUGCAAGGGUUGAUUUCCACUGUCAUGUAAUUUUUCCGUGCAAACGCAUGUAAAAUUUACUCGCGUAAAUGAAGUAGAGGCAAUGUACGAAAGGCCACACGUAAACAUGAAAGUUGAGCGAGGUUCAACUUUUACGUUACACGUGACCCCUUCCAUACAUUGUCUUUGUUUUAUUUACAUGCUUAAAACUUACAUGUGCAUGCACAUAAAAAUUACACAACAGUGGAAAUCCACCAUUAGUCAUAAGGGGAAAAUCCAGGCACCCUUCAAUUUCUACUUGCUCCGAAAAUACCUUGAUAAUUUAGGUCUGUUAGAAGCACUCAAAUUCUCUUUUCUAAGGGUUUGUUCACUUAAAUUUCUAUUGUAGUUGAAUACAAGUGUAGAUCCAUGUAAAAUAAGAGUUACCUUCACUUUGUUUUGUAGAAAUCACCAACAGAAAAACUUCUUGCCAGUCGGCAGUUAGUGCGUCCGCUGAGUCAAACAUCCAAUGCACAGACCACAGAGGCAGACAAACGACGAACAGUAAACAGAGCACAAGAACUUCAUAUCAGGGCCAAGUCACAGAUUAAUAAAGAGAUGAGAGGUGAACUUCUGGGAGAAGGUGAGAAUAAUGCAGCUUAAUUUCACUUCUGAUAUAAUGCACUUGUAGGUUAGUUUAUUUCACAUUUAUUUUUGUUGAUUUUUUGUAAGGAUCAUGCACAUUACUGGCUUAAAUUCCUCGACACAUUACAAAGGUUUUCUUAGGCCAAUAUUUUCACAAAAUUAAGGACUUUCAAGGCACCUUACCACGGCACAUUCAUUUUGGCUUGUUUUUGGGCAUUCUGAGACAUGAAAUACUUUGGUUUUUAAAAGUAAAUUGAAUAAUAAAUUUAAUUAAUUUAUUAGUGUUAAAAGUUAACAAGGAACCUUGCUUAUUUUUCAGACAAUAAGAAAGACAGUCAUGGAGUGCGAAACAGGUAACUGAUUAUAAUUAUUUCACUUGCAUAUUACUAGUUUGGUCCCUUAGUCGCUGUAACAAAUAACUCUUUAUUUUCAAAUCCCCCAUUAUCACUCUGUUUGCUCCCAAUGCAAAACUUGGCAUACUAUAGUCUUCAAAUGCUCCCGGGAGAACUGUGUAGUUCCAAGGGCUUUUGAGAACAAAAACUUUAUUUAGGCGCAAAGCCUCAAUCGGUGAUAAAAUUGUUGAGACAUUGUACUCAAAAUUAUGUGGAAACUCCAAAAAUAAAAGUCAGUGGAAAAAAAUCCCUGAUAGCAAGUCAGUAUGACUUUUUACGUCUGAACUGGUGUCAACUUAAUAUUUUCUGCAUUAUGAAUUGUUGGUUAGUGUUAAACAAUCUGCCUUUUAUAACCUGUGUUCCAGCUCCUUCCCACACAUUGUCUAAACCCUCAGAGUGUGUUCCAUUUGAAUGAUCCAAAUAAGGAUCAGUGACAUGUGAUCACUCAGAAUAUAGCACAUCAAAGGACUCAAUGAAUCAACCCUGGGAAAGGAUUCAUGAGUUCGCUUGAUGUACCAUUGCAUGGUUUCAAAUCGAGAGGUGCUGGAUAUGAGUUGGUUUAUCAUGGGCUAAACAACACGAGACCUAUAUAGUCAGAAAAAGCAAAAUAGCAACAUUCUCAAGUUUGGUGUCUAUCGGGCCUAUAUUGAACGAUAUAAAUAGAUGUACGGACGAUGUGACCGGCAAUCCAUACACGUACAUCUCUUAUAAAAGUGAUUUUCAAGUUUACAGAUACUUUCAUAACCACACUUUCAUAACCUCAAUCAUGUGCUUUUUCUGACCAUGUGGGUCUCGUGUUGUUUAUCCCAUAAUAAACCGACUUGUACCGAGCCCCUCUUGAUUUGAAACUAGGUAAUGGCCAAGUGAUCUCUAACCUGGAUCAUCCCAAAGGAACUCACCCUUAGUCUAUACAUGCUGUACAUGUAGUGUCUGCCAUGCAGGCUACUUGUUUUUGACAAUCUUUUUUCUUGAAGAUUAACAGCCAACAAGAAAAGUGAUGCAAAUGAUGAAAGCAUUGACUCAGUUCUACAAUACCAUCAGAACUUACAAGAAAAUAUAGCAGAUGAAAUGAUAAAAAUGGCUCAGCAUAUAAAACAUACAUCUGUCAUGGCCAGCAACAUUAUUAAACAAGAUAACAAGGUUACUAGGAUGUUUGUCCUUUAAAUUAUAACAGUAAAUAACAAAUUAUUGGAUGAGGUCUUUUCCUGACAUCUGAAACAGACUACCCUCAAGUAAAUGUUAUUGGCUGAAGGUGAUAACUCUUACUGAGACUUUGAUUAUUGCAAAUACCGUAUUUCCUUGAAUAAUAGCGGUCCCUGAAUUAAUCGCCUCCCUUGAAUAAUCCCCCCCUUUGAGGGAAAUGUUUAAAAUAAUCACCUCCCCCAGCUCUAUAGGUUACCCACUAGGGAUCAUGUUAGCCAUUGUGGAACUUGGAGGGUGGAGCUAAAGUGGAGUCUGAUUCAGCAAAACUCAUCAGUGAUGAUUCAAGCUCUGAUGCCACAGAAAUUGAGAGCAAAAAUUAAUCAAGGAACCAAAUCUGGAACACUUUAAAUGCCAAUGUUAUUUUAUCUGAUGUGAUUAUUUUUUUUAUUUAAUGGGAAAAUAGAACAAAUAUUUAGGGCAUGACUUCUAGUCAGCAAUAUUUGAAAUAGUGGCCUCCCUCGAAUAAUCACCCCCUUUUGGUGCCAAAAAAAUAAUAAUAAUAAUCGCCCCCAGCUAUUUAAUUCGAGGAAAAAUGGUAUCCCAAAAACCAAGUCCAAUAAGAAUUGUUUUAUUAUACAUGGUUGUGAACAAAAUAGUGUUAUGAUAAACACAUUGUCCUUGAAUACCAAGCUUUGUGCACACAAUUUGAAGGCUUUCAUAAUUAAUAUGAUCAGCUACCAAGGUGACCCCUGGCCUACUGUUAUAAAUUUAAUAGAAUAAAAAUAGAACCAAAUGAAAUCUGUACCUGUUUGAUUCCCUACCUGCUUGUUUCCUGCGACUUGAAAUCUUAGUGACAGCCAUAUAAAUUUGUAUCACUAAGUUUGUUUACUAUCGUAGAGAUGAAUUUACCCAAAUUUUGGCCAAAACCACUGCCAAGAAUGCAAAAAGUCCACUUUUGGUUGACGUGCAUUAUUCAAAACAAAGGUCGUUAAUGUGCACUUAAGUAAAGGCUUUAAACCAGCUCAUAUAAAGGAUAAUGCCUGAGCCCCAAGACCUUGUUAAAAAUAAUGACCGAGCACCUAAGGUCAUUAUUUCUAACAAGGCCUUGGGCCAAGGGGUAUUAUUUAAUGUACUUUUCCACUGUUUUAGAACCAGCAAGUCAUAAUAAGGAUCUCCUGUUCCACCUCAGUGACCUGGGGUUUAAUUUAUUGAAACUAAUAACUAAUGUUCAAAACAACAGAAAGGUGCAGUAAUAACAAGGAAGGCGUAUUUGCAAAUUGGUCGAUUUAGAAAGGCUCUAUGUACAGACACCAGAGAUAAACUUUGAAAAACUUACUGUUCAAUUUUGUGUUUUGUUUUUUAGACCUUGGAGCAGUCAACAAAGCUUGCAGAUUCAAAUUUUGAGAAACUUAAACGAGAAUCAGAAAGACUUGAGGAAUUAACACAGACACCAUGUUCCUGGUGGAUCUGGAUUAUGAUAAUUUUAGUCUGUAUUGUGUUUAUGUGGAUGAUUAUAUUUAUUAGACUUUUUCCAAAGAAGUGA